AUGAUCACUAAUCAAAUCAAGGGGAUCCCGGCCGGAUCCGAGGUCUACCUUUUGAAACAUGGCAGUCAAGUUGUUACUCCUGACCAUUAUGCACAGGCUAAGUCGCUGAACAUGCACUGGUUGCAGCAUACAUGCUGGAAAUUCAGGAUGUGCCUAUGGAUAUUGAUGAUGAGAUUGGUAUUGGCUCAAAGUCCUCUUCUAACGAAUCAUUCAUCUCAGGCCACUACAACGCACACCCUUGCCCGAAUUACUGAAACCCAAGAACGCAUUACUGAAACCCAAGACCGGAUUAUCAAAACCCAGGACCAGACUACAGGAACCCUUGCCCGGAUUACAGAAAACUUGGACGACAUGGCCCAAAGCCAAGCUCGAGUGGAAACUGAGGUGAAGUCCAACACCGUUCGUUUGUUGAGGGUUGAAAAUUCCUGGCGAGGUGAUGGGAGUGAUUUCAGUUAUGAAAUCAAAUUCUUGGAUGGGUCAGACCCACUGGUUGCGGUACUUGGAAGACCCGCCUUGACCCUAUUGCCCUAUAGGCGAUCCCUACUGAACAUUACAGUAGUAGACGAAGUCAAGGCUUACCUGAAUGGCUAUGAAUAUUCAUUGGAUGAGAUUGAUGCAUGCUGUAAUUAG